AACGAUACCUGCCUUGUUUAAACGUCCCCUUGCGAGUAACUACUGUACACUUUGCAGUUGCCCCACAUAAACACGCCAUUUCCUAGCAGCCUUUCGCAUUUCAACUACGAAAUGUCUUCACUUCCGAAAACCCAGCGGUCGGUUCGAAUUAAUGCUCAUGGGGGACCAGAUGUGAUCGAGAUUGUUACAGAUGCACCCGUGCCGACCCCUACGGAUAAUGAAGUUUUGGUCAAGAAUACGUAUGCUGGGUUGAAUUUUAUCGAUAUUUACUUCCGCAAGGGUGUCUAUCCGACAUCUUCGUUCCCGCUUACCCUUGGACGAGAAGCGGAGGGUACAAUCGCUGCAGUUGGAAAGUCCGUUCAGAACUUCGAGGUUGGCGACAAGGUAGCGUACUUAGGAGUUGGCGCACAGCAAGAAUAUACCGCUCUCGAUCCGCUCCAUGUCGCGCAUGUUCCCUCUGGUAUCCCGGAAGGCGUUGCGGCAGCCGGUAUUCUUCAAGGUAUCACCGCUCUGACGUUCGCCCGUGAGAGCUACGAAAUCAAGAAAGGAGACUAUGUCCUUAUUCACGCUGCAGCCGGUGGCUUCGGCCUAUGGCUUGUUCAAAUCGCGAGAGUGAUUGGUGCACAUGUUAUUGCGACUGCUUCCAGUGACCAGAAGCUUGCGAUAGCUCAAGAGCAUGGCGCGGAGUUUUUGAUCAACUACUCAACCCAGGACUGGGUUGCCGAGGUCAAGGAGAUCACCAAGGAUGCUGGCGGUGGGGUUGCUGCUGUGUUUGAUGGCGUUGGGAAGGAUACUUUUGAUGGUGACUUGGAAGUUGUGAGGAGGAAAGGGACAGUAGUUUCUCUGGGGAACGCUAGUGGGGCUGUUCCACCAUUCACAAUUGCAAGGCUAGCGCCCAAGAACCUUAAGCUUCUGAGGCCACAAUUGUUUGGCUAUAUCGCCGAGAGAGGGGAAUUCGAGGCUUAUUCUAAGGAAGUUUUCGAUUGGAUCGUUGAAGGCAAGGUUAAGGUCAAUGUCCACAAGACCUACCCGCUUGAAGAGGUCGCGCAGGCGCAAAAGGACCUUGAGUCUCGCACCACUACCGGGAAAUUGAUUUUAAAGAUUUGAGAAGGAAAUUUUAUCUCGAAGCUGUUGAUGAAUGCGGGUAUCAGAUAUUCAGAGUCGAGUGAUGGAUUGUGUAACUAGUGAUAUUCUAUCCCGAAUAUAGUAAACAGCUCCACUGGCAGAAAA